CCGGUGGUCGAUGCGAGCACUUUUGAGGGCAGCGCUCGCACCGCAGAGACCACCCCGGCUGAGAGAAGCGCAGGUUCCAAUGGCAGAGGAGGCGCAGGUGAGUGGGAGGUGCGCCCCAGGCUCUCACCACCCGGAUCCCCACCCAGCGGGUCCGGACUCUGAAUGAGCCCGUGACAGGCCCCGGUGACCUUUGAGGACGUGGCUGUGUAUUUCUCCCGAGAGGAGUGGGGGCUCCUUAAUUUGACCCAGAGGAGCCUGUACCGUGAUGUUAUGCUGGAGAACUUUGCACUCAUUGGCUCACUGGGUUUUCUGUGUAGACUGCGGGAUGAGGAAGCCCCUCCCGAGCAGGUGAAGAGCCGCAGAGUCCGCCUGUCAGAGACCCCCUUUCUGUGUGGGGUGUCUGGGAAGGACAUCCCUGCCACCUUAGGCUUCCUCCAGCCCCAGGCCACCCACAGAGAGGUGACACCACACAGAAGCACCGAGCGCAAGGCCUUCCCACCCAGCUCCACUCGCCAGCAACAGCAGGGAGCCCAUGCCACACAGAAGCCCUUCAAGUGCAGCGACUGCGGGCAAGCCUUCCUGAAGGCCUUCACGCUCCUCGACCAUCUGAUCACUCACGCCAAAGAGAGACCCUUCAGGUGCCCAGCAGGUGGAAAUGCCCCCAAGGAGAGCUCAACCCUGGUUCAUCACCGAAAAACUCACACUGGAGAAACAUCCCAUGUGUGUAGUGAGUGUGGGAAGGCCUUCAGUUACCCAUCUAAACUGAGGAAGCACCAGAAGGUUCAUACUGGCAUAAAACCUUUCAAGUGUAGUGAGUGCGGGAAAACCUUCAACCGCAAAGAUGCACUUGUUCUGCACCAGAGAAUUCACACUGGAGAGAGGCCUUACCAGUGCAGCGAGUGUGGGAAGUCCUUCAGCGUUCUGUCUACCCUCAUUCGGCACCGGAAAGUUCACAUUGGAGAAAGGCCCUAUGAGUGCAGGGAAUGUGGGAAAUUCUUCAAAUACAACCAUAGCUUCAUUCUUCACCAGAGAGUUCACACUGGAGAGAGGCCCUAUGAGUGCAGUGAAUGUGGGAAAACUUAUGUGACCCGCUCUGGGCUGUAUCAGCACUGGAAAGUCCACACUGGAGAACGUCCCUACGAGUGCAGCCUGUGUGGGAAAACCUUCACUACCAGGUCCUACCGGAAUCGGCACCAGCAGUUCCACACUGAAGAGAGGGCUUAUGAAUGUACAGAAUGUGGGAAAGCCUUUAAACAUAGUUCUACCCUCCUUCAGCACAAGAAAGUCCACACUGGAGAAAGGCCAUAGGAGGACGGGGAUGUGGGAAAACCUUUAGCCAUGGCUGGCACGUUGUUCAACAUGAAAGGUCUCACUCCAGAAAGGAGAUUAAGGAGAGUAGCCAUUUGAAAGCUAAGCAUGUCACACCCCGGCACCCACACUGGGCUGGCGCCAGGUAUGUGGGAAGCGUUCAGGAGCUGUGUUGCACUCUCACCUGCCCAGGCUGUUGGCAGUGUUGAGUCACUGCCAGUUUCUGUGACAGAAGCCAUCCCACUUCUACCACCUGGCAGGUCCCCUUGGUGUGCAUCAGUCACUGUGUGUGCUCAGGGAAGCUGACCUCUGUGUUCCCCACUUGAUAAAGGAGAGAAUCAUGAGUGGUGGAGCCCAUAAUGGGUCUUAGUCCCUCCCUCUCCAACUGAUUUAGGUGUGGACAUGACCUAGUUCUGGCCAAGAGUAGCUGAGCAGUGUCUGCUGGGGGCUUCCAGGGAAGGUUAACCAUUUUCAUGGACACUGUUGACACUACAUUUGGUCCCUGUCGUGCAUUUAUCCAACCCUGGAACUGGCUCACACUGCUCUGGAAUGUCUGGUAAUAAAGGCCUUUUUGUUUAAACCAC